UCAGCCCCAGGUCAACCAGCCAACCUUACCGUUUCAAGCGUUCAUGACCUCACGAUCACGCUACAAUGGACUAGACCAAAGACUGCUGCGGGAUUAAUAGACAACUCUACACUGUCCUAUACUGUAUCAUACAAGGCCGUUAGAGAUAUUUCCAGUAAACGGCUGAUCGUACCAACGGAGAGUGCUCAGCUCGAUUUAGUUUUUAAGAAGAGGUAUAAUAUAUUUGUGCAGGCCAUGCACAGGCAGGAUCAUCAAAUCAAAGGCGCUUGGUCCCGCAAAUUGGUGGUCAACACAAACAACUUGGGUAAGUUUUCUAGGGCAAAGCUGGAGCGAAGGAGCUAUGAGGUGCGUUGGACCUAUUAAAAUAAUAACCAAAUUGCUCCUAAGGACACGUAAGACAAGGACCCACCCCCCCCACCAUGUUAGAAAACCCUGUCAUCCCCCUCCAUCUUUGUUUCCAACAAACAAACAGACAAACAAACAACAACAACAAAGAAAAUGAACAACCUGAGAUGCCCAAUAAAUACAAGUAGCCCCGGACAGUUUUUAGGAUUGACAGGAUCAUGUGAAACACUUAUGCAAUUCUUCUCCAAAGAAUACUUUCUAAAAUGAUGUUAAGCUUACACCUAUGAAACGCUUUCUUUUGAUCUCUACAGUUCCAGCGAAACCCACCAAUUUUAAGAUUGCCAGUAUCAGGGAAAUAGGGUCCAAGUUCCAAGCGACAUUAACUUGGGACAAGCCGACCACAGCUACCAGUGGGAUAACGGAUUCGUCCACAAUUAAAUAUUAUAUCAGCUACAAAGUUCUCAAAAGCGGUCCCAAUAGGCAAACGCAGAGUUCUUCAGAAAGAUAUUCUCUUCGCAGUCUUGCAGCGGCCUCAACAUAUCAGAUAAAAGUCAAAGCUUUUAAGACCUCUAAGCCAGAGAUGGUUAGCGAAUGGUCCGACCCCAAAAUACUUCAAACAAAUGAAUCAAGUAAGGGGAUGCACGCAUGUGUAAACUUCCCACAAAUCAAGAUUCUCCCCUUUACAUGUUAGAGAUUUCCUUGUUAAUUAGUUGGGAGAAUUCGGUGUGAGAUUAAGAUAACAACUUCUAUCUAAUAAGUUUCAGUAUUCUCAUUAACUGCUUGCUGAAUAGAGUAUGGACGUAAUAUGGAGAAGUUGCAUGUUAAUAACUUUUGGAAGAUCAAGGGGUAAACAAACUAUUUCCGCCCUAUCCCCACACUGUUCGCAGUGCGCAUGCACAUAUUUUGGGAUGGGAGGCCUGUCGAGACUUCCCUGAGGGUAUUCUGAAAAUAGAGGACUCUCUUAAAUCAGAGCCAUUUUUAAAGCUCGCAUUCUAAUGCAAUCAUUAUGGGACCUUUUCUGUUUUAGGACCGAGCAAACCACCAGGAAAUGUCCGAGCCGUUUCUAACACACCUUCAUCGCUAACAGUCUCAUGGAGUCCAAUCCCUAAAGAUGGUCAAAAUGGCGUCAUUUUGGGCUUCGUUGUGUUUUACUGUGAACAGACUGAUUGUGAAUCGAAUAAAUGGACUAAAAACUAUGUAAAACUAGUUUUUUCUCACCAAUUGCAAGGUCUUGUGAGUGGAAAGCAAUACUCUGUCAAAGUAGCGGGAUAUACGAAGAUUGGUGAGGGAAGGAAGUCUAAACCGAUUAAGAGGGUUGUUAUCGGAGGCUCAUUUCUCACAACUACAAGAGAAACUACUUCACAAAAGUCAACAACGAGUAAGUAUUGUUUCAUCACUCAAACACAGUGGUCAAACUGGGCUUGGUGACGUGUCAAAUAAACAACCACACGAACAAGUAAAUCGCGUGAAAACCGCAUAACUUUUGUAGUUGGUAAACAAAAUAGUAACCAGCAGGAAACCAGCUUUUAUGCACGAAAAUUCUCGAGUUCUCCUUUCCCUACGAUUGUUGCCUUUUACAGAUUUGCACGAACGUACGUAUAUAUUAUGCUUUUUUUUCGCAUAUUUGGCGUGACAGCGGUUGUUUCUUAUUUUUUCCUUUGUAAGUUUGCGCGGGAAAUUGGCGCGCGGCUGACCGAAACUGAUCCUCUUGCGCAUGCCCCACGUUUGACGGCUGUGUUCAUCACUCGUCGCUUUAUUUCUAGAGGAAACUUAACGAAGAAAAGCGAAACAGCAUUUCGAUGACUUCCUGUAAUUUUUGCUAAAUACGGAAGAGAUUAGCUCAAGUGAAACAUAUAGACACAGAAAUAGAAGAGUGAAAACAAUCACGCAAAUAAGAAAAAAGUAUGAAGAAGUUAUUCUAUGAGCAAAAAUUUUCGCUCGCAUGGAGUCUGCUUGGUGUUUUAAAAGGUGUGUCUAUCCCUUUCUGAUUAAGAAAAUCUCGAAAAUUUAACACUACAGCUUGCUACUGCACUUCUACACGAUUGCAAAAAUUCUCACGUUAGUUCGUUUACAAACACAAUAUAAGAUCAACAGCGUCUUUUCAUGAGAGAGCUACAAAAUAUAAAAUUGUAAUCUGCUGUAACCUACAGUUGCCCCAGAAACGACGCAAAGUACGCCGAUCAAGUCUACAAAAACAGUGACUGUGCAAGUGGAAACAGUGACAAAUGUUUCAACAGAGAGCCUAACGACAAUUGGUGAGUUACGUUUACCACAAUAUAAGAUCACGUGCUGCAAAAUUAUUUGAGAAUUGUAAGAAACGACGAAAGUUCAAGUCUACAAAAACAGUGAGAAUUUGUGACAAAUUUUUCAACAGAAAAGCGACUCCUCCUUGCAGGAGAAUGCUUUUUGAGAAUUUUACCUUUCCUUCGGGAGCUUGACUUGUUUCAGUUGCUUUCAUAACGCGGGCGGUAAGAAAGCGUUAGAAGGAGAAUGGGAACGAGUAAGAUCCUUAUUGGACUAUUUAGAUAAAAGAGGUGAAAUUACUACUUUAAUGACGUCACUUAGUCAACAAACUAUCCAGAAGACUAGCUAAAGAGUGAAAAUUAUUAUGGACUAAAAGAUAAAAUUCAUUUCAAUUCUGCGUCUUUUCCUAAAUUCUUAAAAUCAUCACAAACAUGCUUUGAAUUCGCGAGAAGCGAAGGAAAAUACUUCUACUUAGUUUCAAAACUAACUAAUUUGGUAUCGACUAACAUGUACAUCUCUAUCGCAGUUGUAUUCCCCACCGAGCCAAAGAAAACAGAACCGACUUUAUCAAGGACUGUAGCAACUGUUCAAUCAACACUUUCCUCAGAGAAGGCUGCAACAAGCCAUCCGUCUGAGCCGUUCACACCAGUGGUUGCUAAACUUGAUCAAGGUACGUUUGUGUGAAGAGGCUAGGUUUGUUACAGCUGUCGUUUAUAAGAUAAUGCUGCAGACCGCAGCCAAUUUGUAAGUUGUCGAUUUAGAGAAAUUUUAGAUUUGGUGUCGAAAGAAAUCCUAGAUUGUUUAUGUUUUGCAUUACUUCACUCUGCAGCUGUGAUUGGUCCAAAAACCUCGCACCACAUUCUCAACCUAUCAAAUGCAAAAGAAAUUCAAUCGCGACUUAGUCACCCGCGUUUUCCCGCGCUUUAGGCAGUUUGCUUUUUCUCUUUGGCUCAAUAGGGUAAAUUCCUUUCUUCUGAUUGGUUUUGUUUUGGUUUGAGGACAUUCAAUCGAAAAGCGCUCUAUAUAUAGGUUCGAACACCGAUUGAGGUCAUUCUAAAUAUGAAAGCGAUCUUCGUAGUAAUGAACACUACUCAAGUGAUAGUGAAAAUAAGGCCCGAAAAAAUCGGACCUGUACGGGAUUUGAACCCAGGAUCUCUGUGAUUCCGGUGCAGCACUCUACCAACUGAGUUGACGAACCAACUGGGAGCUGGUCAUUAUGUUAGUUCGUAAUAAAUCCAUGAAGAGGUGAAUCAAUGACUGUAAAUAUAUUAUUUUGACUAUUGUUUCAUUGGUGUUCAUUAUUUCUUAAUCCACAGUUCACAUAUAUUUUUUCUUUCUUUAAAAAUAAGUUCACAUACAUGAUUUUCAUAUAUUUACGGUCAUUGUGGUCAUUCUAUUUACAUGUACAAGUCUACAUCAGAGUUCACUGUUCCAUAUUAUAACAAAUUUCAUUUCAGUAAAAAAUCAUUAAUAUAUUAUCUGCUGCUUAAUUUUCAGCAAGAAAAACAUCUAAGGACAACAUGCUAAACAAAAUUCUCAUAAUUGGUGCUCCUGUGGGCGGCGCCAUUCUCCUGGUCAUCAUAUUCGUAAUUGUCUUCUCCCUAGCGCGGAAACGUUCACGCAAAAGAAGACAGCUGCUUCAAAAUGGCGCCAAGCCAAGGCGGUCAAGAGAUAUGGUAACAAGAGGGGCGUACAGCGUCCGAUAUGAGUCUCCUUCCGCGGCAUCCACCCUCGGUGGAGACUCCAUGACCGAGGGGCUGUUACCCACUGCAGAUGAACCAGAUCAACCUGAAAUUCUUGUAGAGCAACCAAAUGGAACAGUACCGAGCACAGACACGGAAAAUGUCCCUUUGGUGGCUUCCGGUUAUUCAGAAAAAUGCGAUCCUUUGCGGGUUGAUUUGAAUUCGGAGCAGAGUAAACUCGACGACGGGGCAUCUGCGGGAUUGUACGACAGUAUUGGAUCUCUGACAAAAAUUGGAUGCACGGCCAAUGACGGGAAAAGUGAUGAUGAAGAUCGUUAUGUCACUCAAGAUCAAAUCAACGCCGCGCGCCAAGCCACGUGUGAGAAGUCUCAGGCUCAGGCUUCUCCGGACGAGGGUCAUUAUAAAACACCCAAAGAAGUAGCGAUGGAGGACUUCUAUAAAAGACCUAAGGAUGUUCUUAAUGGCAGCAACACGUACGUGAAUAUGAAUGGACCGCAAACAGAAAACUUAUAUGAAACCGUCGGGCCAAAAAGGCCUGAGGAGCCAGUAUACGAGAAUACGCCCGGUGGUGAUGAGGAGCACGCAGAUACUGAGGGUGGAAUACGACCCAAUUUAUUGUAA